AUGGCAUAUCGCUCUCGGACCCACAGACAUCCCGCACACCCGCCGCCACCCGCGCAAGUCUGCGACGGCACCUUUGAGGGCCCCAAGCUCGAUCUCUCGGGCCUAUCCCUCACCGGCACGCUCCCUGCCUCGCUCGCCAACCUCUCGCUGACGGAUCUCGUCCUCUCCUCCAAUCUUCUUAGCGGCACCGUGCCUCGACUGCCAGCGCAGCUGCAGACGCUCGAUCUGAACAACAACCGAAUGAGCGGCACGAUACCACCUCGGCUCAACCUGCUGGCGCAGCUGCGGAGGCUAGACCUGUACAACAACCGCCUCAGCGGCACGAUCCCAAGCUUCACCGAGGGCUCGGACCUUGCGUACCUCUCUGUCGGAGCUAACUCGCUCAGUGGAAGCCUCCCGCCGUCGAUCGGAUCGCUCACCGGCCUUGAGACGCUCGACGUCAGCAAGAACUCGCUCAGCGGCGCCCUGCCGUCGGAGCUCGGCGACUUGGCACUCCUCACAAGCGCCCACUUCCGCCGCAAUGGCUUCUCCUUCCCCUCCUCGCGGGCGGAGCGGCUUGAGUACGACAGUGCCACCCGAGUCUGCCGGCCCGACGCCGCCGCAUGCCUCGGUGUGCCCCCGGGUAGCUGCUCCGCCUUUGGAGACGCGCGGCUGUCAAUCACUGAUCCGACGCAGUGCGAGCACUGCGGCAGCAUCGUAACCGGGUCCAUCAUCGUAGCGUCUGUCGCGGCCUUGGCCAUCCUGGCGCUGGUCGCCUUCAUCCGCCUCGUCGUGCGCCAACCCGCGUCGCUCAAGCGGUGGGUGUCAACCGCAGUAAUCCUCAUAAGCCACGCACAGACGUUUGCAGUCAUUGGUAGCCUCCACCUCGACUGGCCGGACUCGGUUCUAGCGAUUGCGGCUGCCUUUCGUCUCGACUUUAUCUCGAUCCCCGCUGCGAGCUGCUUCCUCUCCCCUGUCGACGCGCACGAGGAGGGCGACCUACCCGCGUCUCCGUUCUGGCUGUACGCGAUCGUUGUCUGCGGAGGAUCGUUCACUGUGCUGCUGACGACCAUGCUGGCUCCCGCCAUCAGCCACCGGCUUCGUAUGCGGGCUGCAAGAGGCUCCGCCGAGCUCGUGCUGAGCAUCGUCUUUGCGCUCCUCUUCACGAUGUGCUGGAGCACAAUCUUCACAACUGUGGUGCACUUUGUGAUAGAAGGCAGGACGGUCAAGCUCUCGGACGUCGUUCUGGAAUUGAGCAUCGGCGCUCGCGUGAACGACGGACCGGCGACGGCCGCAGACAUCAUCGCCGAAAUCAUCAAGGGCAUCAAAGCACAGGACCAGCCGGAGCCCGUGUCUUUUGACGUGCUGCAGCAGCUCGAGGUGGUCGCAUUCCAGCCGCCCGGCGUGAGUGAUGAGGACUUUGGAGCCGAGCUGUGCGGGUCCCUACCGCUCUCUUACGAGCAAGACGGGGUCAUCGCGACGGCAAGGGUACAAAGGUUGGAGAUCAAGAUGAACAUCGUGAGCGCCGUUGAGGAUGCGACACCAAGCGCCGACGCCGCGGUGUUAUCCGCGCGAGAGGUCCUGGCGGCGCUGCUGAACGGCACCGACCCAUUCAGCUUCAUCACCAACGAAACCUCUAAAUACAAUCCUGAUGGCAUCUUGAGCGAGGAGUACAAUGGUGUAUGGAUGGCGGCGGCUUCUAAGUACAUCGCGUAUGGCAUCAGCCUCGACGACGGCCCCGGUCAGGCUUCUUCGACCGGCUCGCGGCUGUACGUGCUCAAAAGCUUCGACAACGGUUAUGAGAUUCUGCUCGUACUCGAGUCAGCCGUCGCCGAUGAGGACAUUAUAUACCGCGAGGUGACAUUGACCCCUGGCCAGCGAUACCCGACGGGCAUAACACUCGACUGUGCUGCCCAGACGAUUAUUGUCACCUUAAAGCAGGGAGGCACUAAGACGCACAGCUCAAGCGUGCGCUACGCUCCCUUGAAGUGGAGCAGCCCCGUCGCCGUCGCAUUACUGUCGCUGCUGUCGAUGCUGCUCCUGCUCCUGCUCUUCCUCCCGCUUCACUUUGCGCGUCAGAUCGACGCCUUUACGCGGGGCCGCGAGGACAACCUCUGGCGUGCCCCAAGCUUUAGGCCAUGCUUGCCAUUGCGAUGCCUCCGGCGCCUCGGAGUCACCUCCGAGCCCUCCGCCAUCUUCCCUCGCCACCUCGAGCGGCAGGUCGCCUACCUGACGGGCCGCUUCGCGCCGCACGCGCCGCGGUGGCAACUUGUCGUCUGGCUGCGCCAGUUCUCGCUGAUGUUCCUUGUCUUCGCUUGCGACCUUACGCGCGUCUACAUCGUUCGCGGACUCGACCCGAUGAGGUAUGCCGUCGCUUGCAGCGCCAUCGUCAUCGUCACGGGCUUCUGGCUCGCUCACCGUCGAGUGCUCCCUUACGCUUACGACUUCCAGAAUGCAAUGGAGUCGCUGCUGCUCGGCGCCACCGUGCUUCUCCUGGCCCUGUCUGGCGUCUACAACGUGUCGCGAGGUGCUAGUGUUUCCCUCGCGGUCGAGGUUCUGAUGUGCGUGAUCCUUCUCGGGAGCAUCACGGCUGGCGCAACCUACUCCGUCCACCACCUGCGGCGCAGCCGGCGCAUCCUCGCCGAUAUUGACCUCACCGAAGUCCUCGUGGCCGCCGACUCACGGAUUGACGGCAAGCUCGUGGCGAGGCUGCGCGACGGCUCCGUUCGGCUCCUCCGCUGCGACUGGCUCGCUUCGGAGUCUGCGGAUGCAUUCCUCGGGCGUGAUGCGGACGGGACAGUGAUCAUGAAGCGGUGCCAGGACCUGCCCGCCGAGGCGUUUGUGCCGUGCGAGGAGGCGGUGGCGCUCCUCGAGGCCGGCGACCGUUCCGUCCUCUCGCUUUCGUACGGCUGGCUGACGCCGCUCCAUCCGGAUCCUCACGGCACUACUCUCGCCGCCGUGCGCCGCUACCUCGCCUCCGGUGCGGGAGGCGUCGGCCUCUUUUGGGACUUUGCGGCACUCCCUCAGAAGGAUGAGGCAGGCCACCGCAGCCUCGCGGACGUCGCCAUCUUUGCCCGCGGCAUCGAGGUGAUGGGAUCCCUGUACGCCAGCAUCACCGGCACGGCGGUGCUGCAGCAGCGUCAGGUGGUCGUCCCGGCUGUCCAGUCGAACCGCCCAGAGGACAUCCAGCGGCAGUGGCUACAGCGGCAGAUGGACUACAACGAGAGGCCGUAUGAGAACCGCGGCUGGUGCCUCUUUGAGCAGGGCGUCGCGAUGACCGUCGCUGCGCAUCUCGCCGCAGCCGAGGCGCAGGCGGCGCGGGCUGGCAAGGAGCUACCACUCCGCUUCCGACGCGCUCAGGAGUUUCGCGCCAAGGUGUACGACAUCGGAGGGCCGGAGCCCGUGGUGAGAUCAUGCGCUGCGAGGCCGCCGCUCGAGGUGCUCGAGGAGGCUUGCGGCGCAAUCGGCUCCUCCCGCUUCACCGGCAAGGGGGAUGCCGAGAAGGUGCUUCAGAUGCUGGCCGAGUUUGAGUGGAUCGUGCGGAGCACAUUUCAGCAGGCGCUUGAAUGCGAGCCGGCGCUCGACGAACGGCUCUAG